CUCUCAGCCAUGAAGGCGGAGACAGGGUCCGCGUUCCAGGCGACCCCAGCGGGGUCCGGCUGUGGCCUCAGUAAUCUGCUGAGCAGCCGGAAGCUGAUGGCCGUAGGGGUCGUGCUCUGCUGGCUCCUGGUCAUCCAGUUUCUGGUCAACGUGUGGCUCCUGUGCCUUCUGUGUGCAUUGCUGGCGGUGCUGGGAGGAUGGCUGGGCUCAGACGCCGUGGUGGGGGCUUCAGGUCGACUGCACUUGGAACGCUUCAUCCCGAUGGCCGUCUGCGCUCCCAACCCUGAGGCAGAGAAGCAGUUGGAACAGGAGAUCAACCGCACCAUCCAGAUGAUUGUUCGAGACUUUGUGUCAUCCUGGUAUCGCUCAGUGAGCCGGGAGCCAGCCUUCGAGGAAGAAAUGGAGGCAGCCAUGAGAGGGUUGGUCCAGGAACUCCGGAGGAGGAUGGGCGUGGUGGACAGUCGUGCUCUCGCCCAGAGGGUUCUGACGCUCUGCGGUUGUCACCUGCAGAGCUAUAUUCGGGCAAAGGAGGCCGCCGCAGGGAAGCAGAGUGGUACUCUGGAGCCCUCCCAGCUCUGGGAGGCUUACUGCCGGGCUGCUGCCCCACACCCUGCUGUACAAAGCCCCAGUGCUGAGGUCGCCUAUACACGGGGCACUGUGAAUUUGUUGCUUCAAGGGCUGGUACCAAAGCCCCACUUAGAGACCCGGACCGGACGCCAUGUGGUGGUGGAACUCAUUACUUGCAAUGUUAUCUUACCGCUGAUCAGCAAGCUGUCAGAUCCUGACUGGAUCCACCUUGUACUCGUGGGCAUCUUUUCCAAGGCCAGAAAUAAUCCGGCAGGAGUGGUUAAACCACUCCGCCCAGGAAGUGCCCUGGAACAUCCCACAGUGCCUACAUCUCUGCCACUGAUUGUUGAAGUACAGAACCUACCAGAAGUGAGAGCCCCUUCUCCAGCAGCAGCCCCAGUGCUCCUAAACUGUAGGGAGCCAGAGGGGUCUUCACGCCGCUCCCCAGAAGUUGAAGAAGGCCAUGAAGCUAUAGAGGGAGAUUUGGGUGGAGUGCCAGAAGAAAGAAAGGUAGGAAAUAACUCAUCUCAUUUCCUACAGCCAGAUGUUCGAGGCCCUCUGUUCUUAUGUGAAGAUGCAGAGCUGGAGUCUCCAUUGUCUGAACUGGGCAAAGAAACCAUCAUGCUCAUGACCCCAGGCAACUUCCUCUCUGACAGGAUCCAGGAUGCCCUGUGUACCUUACGGAGUUCCCAGUCUCCAGAGUCUAAGGAUGGUGAAGGAUCUGAAGGAAUUGAAGAAGCAGAGCCUGAGGAGGGUGCAGAGUCAGGCCUCCUGGUCUCCAUGCUGAAUUCCUGCCCAGAGAUCCAGAUUGACACAGCAGACAAGGAGGUAGAGCAAGGAGAUGUCACCUCUCUUACACCUUUGCUGGCAGGUUCGGAAAGGACCUGCCCCCCACGACCCUCAUGCUUAGAGAAGGAUCUCACAAAUGAUGUGAGCUCCCCAGAUCCUAGACUGCCACAGGUUCUGCUUUCCUCUUCUCCACCCGGUCCUCUCAGCUCAGCCACCUUCAGCUUUGAGCCCCUGAGCAGUCCAGAUGGCCCUGUUGUCAUCCAGAACCUUCGAAUCACUGGCACUAUUACUGCUCGAGAGCACAGUGGCACCGGAUUCCACCCAUACACACUCUACACAGUGAAGUAUGAGACAGCCCUUGACAGUGAGAACAGCAGCGGCCUGCAGCAGUUGGCCUACCACACUGUGAAUCGCCGCUACCGCGAAUUCCUGAAUUUGCAGACCCGUCUGGAGGAGAAAUCAGAUCUGCGAAAGUUCGUCAAAAAUGUGAAGGGUCCUAAAAAACUCUUUCCAGAUCUUCCAUUUGGAAACAUGGAUAGUGACAGAGUAGAAGCCCGUAAGAGCCUCCUGGAAUCAUUCUUAAAGCAACUGUGUUCUAUUCCUGAGAUCGCUAACAGUGAGGAGGUGCAGGAGUUCCUUGCUCUGAACACAGAUGCUCGUAUUGCCUUUGUCAAGAAACCGUUCAUGGUCUCCAGGAUAGACAAGAUGGUGGUGAGUGCUAUCGUGGACACCUUGAAGACAGCAUUUCCUCGCUCCGAACCCCAGAGCCCCACAGAGGAGCUGAGUGAGGCCGAGACAGAAAGCAAGCCCCAGACAGAAGGCAAGAAGGCUAGCAAGUCCAGACUGAGGUUCUCAUCCAGUAAAAUUGCUCCAGCACUGAAUAUGACUGAAGCACAUGAGAAGAUUCUCUAUUGUCUCCAGGAAGGCAGUGUGGAGUCAGAGAUACUAUCCAUGUCUGGAAUGGAAUCCUUUAUUGAAAAACAGACAAAGUUACUAGAAAUGCAGCCAGCAGAAACCCCAGAAAAAGAUCCUGAACAAAUUCCCCAAGGAUGUGUGGAUGGUUACUUGUCACAUGCAGCUGUGCCAGCCCAAGACCUCAGCCACGGGGAUCCAGGAACAGAGACAGCGUUAGCUGACACAGCCCUGGAUCUGCUUCUCUUGCUACUAAUGGAACAGUGGAAGUGGUUAUGUACGGAAAACAUGCAGAAAGUUCUUCAUCUUAUUUUUGGGACCCUGAUUCAGAGGUGGCUAGAGGUGCAAGUAGCUAAUCUUACAUGUCCACAGCGCUGGGUGCAGUACCUCCAGCUUCUUCAGGAAUCCAUCUGGCCUGGUGGAGUUUUGCCUAAGUAUCCGCGGCCUAUAAGAACCCAGGAGCAGAAGGUGGCUGCUGAGAAACAGGCUUUGCAGAGCCUGAUGGGAGUCUUGCCAGAUAUUGUAGUAGAAAUCCUUGGGGUGAACAAAUGCCAGCUGAGCUGGAGUCUAGUCUUGGAGUCAAUACAGCAACCCCUCAUCAACAGGCAUUUGAUUUACUGCCUUUGGGACAUCGUCCUGGAAUUCUUGGAUCUCAGUGCCUCCCUUGAGGAGUCUACCAUAACCACCUCUGCCUCCGAUACCCCAGGCGACCUCAAGAGGAUGGUGACUCCCCUUAGCCAUAGGUUAUUCCACCCAGUCUUUGAAGGUUGGGAAAGGAGAGUUACUCUGCCACCCAGAGACCAGUCAGGAAGCCUGUGCCUUCUGGAACUGGCUGCUGCUCAGAAGGCAUGGGAUCUCAGUGGCACAGUUUUCCCCCCAGUUCUACUCCGAUUGUAGCAGGUGACGGGGGGCUCUAUGUACCACUUGCAUGCAUAUCAAUUUCCAUACAUUUUUUGUAGUGUUUGGAUUGUUGCUGGUGGGUAGAUCUUGUUUCUUUUGGAAAAGGAACCUGUAAAGUAGAAAAAUGAGCCCCUUUUGCCCCUCCUUUUGCCUUCCUCCUUAAGAUUGUUUGCUGAUAGCCUGGCCCUGUGCAUACAUGUGCCUAAUCCACCAACAGACAGGCUCUAGAUAGACCAAGAAAAAAACAAUAGCCAUACUUCCGUGGAGUAGAAGACAAUCUUCUGAGCUCUCUGUUCCCACCAGGAAACUGAAAAUUCCUUCAGGACCACUCUUGAAAGCCAGACCUGUGCGUCUUACCUAGUUUCCCAGCAAUUCCAAAAGAGGGAGGGAAAAUGUUUCUCAAGGGACUCCUUGCUCAUUGGCUGUUCUCCAACACAUCAGCCCUAUGGAGGAUGCCAUUGAAGUCUACUUCUCUGGGUAGCUACACUUUUCCUGUCCAGAAGACUUCAAAGCAGACUGACAAAGCUUCUGGUAGAUCCACCCCACCCUCCACACCCUUUCCUGAAAGAGAGUUGCACCACAGGUUUUAUUUAUUAGCUUUCCUUCUAACACGCUCCCCAAGAGCAGUUGAGUUUUUUCCUUUGUGACCUUCUCUCUGUCUGCCUUCAACAAAAUUGCAUGGCAAGUUGCAUAUUCACCCCAGUGCUUCCAAAGGGAGGGGAAACACUUGCUCACGGCUGAGAACGCCCAAAGAGAAGGAAACCAAGGGCAAUAACGGGUUCUCUCUUCACAAGUCUCUGGCAGGGAACUUUUAAUCUGCACCGAUAAGAUAGAUGAGCAAACUUGCAGGAAAUUGAUUACCUAUGAAAAACUCUUUGCUUCCUGUUCCUUAAGGAUCCAGUUAGUCUUUAAGAACACCAGUGAUAAGGCAAAGGAGCUCUCUCGGGCUGCAGUGUCUAUUAGAAAAAUGGAGCCAUUACGAGAAAUCGUUAGUAGGAAAGGAGACAGACAGGAAGUCAUGAGGGAAGUGCUACACAUUAAAUGCAUGUGGCUAGCUGACAAAAAAGGUUUAAAGGGUGUCACUGGGAGCACCCCUCAUCCUUUUAGCUUCGCUCUUGCCUGUUAGUGCCCUGCUUUCGCUGAAUUGUAGAUCCUCCCAUUUGGAGGAGGGUCUUGGAGUUAGAUUGACGAGAAGGGGGUGGAUCUAGAACAAGCGUUAAGGUUCUCUUUGACUCUAAAGUAGGUGGUGUACAUACAAUUAAAGUGACUUAUGGAAGAAAGUU